AUGCCCUCAGAGGUGCGUCGCUCAGCCAGAGCACCACCACCAGCAAAGCCAAAUGGUCCAACCACAAACUCCACCGCCUCCUCCCUCUCGUCCGGCCGUCAAGAUCGAGACGCACGACCGAAUGGGCAGCUGAAAUCAGCAACACCACACUCCCUCUCCAGCGAAGACGUCAGCGAACCGCCGCGUCGCAGCCAACGCGCCCUACUCACGAAGGAAGAAGAGGCGGUGCAAGACGACGAGAACGCUGACGAAGCUGUCGGCGAUGAAGAAGAGAUCACGCGCUGCAUCUGCGGUCAUCAGGAGUAUCCUGGCCCACCACUCAGCGAGGUCUUUAGUGGGCUCGAGGCGCAGGGUGAUGAUGUUGGAGGACUGUUCAUCCAAUGUGAUGGCUGUAGUGUCUGGCAGCAUGGUGGAUGUGUGGGGAUUGCCGAGGAGAGUCAGUGUCCAGAUAAGUACUAUUGCGAGGAGUGCAGGCCUAAGCUGCAUGAUCCGCAUAUGGACUCUCGAGGCCAGCAGUAUACGAACUAUCUACCACUCCAUCCGCAAGCGAAGCGCAAACAAUCGGUGAGCAAAUCAAGCGACAAUGCUAGACGAGAUCGAGACUCGGCGAACUCGCGCGCCAGCGCUGAUCCAGUCACUGGACGGCGACGUGCGACUAUGCGCAGCAAAGAGCAUGAUGACGAGGAAGAGCAGCUGCGACAAGCCUUGGAGGAGAGCAAGAAGGAGGUUGGUGAUGGCACUGGUCGGCGUAAUGGCAAGCGAGGGCGUGAUGCUGGUGACGAUACGAAGACGGACAUCAAGCGGCAGCGAACGACCUCCCAGUCAACUAAACUGAUGUUUCGCAACGAUACCGUUGAAGACGAAGACUCCGAUGACGACAAUACCACGACCAGCAGACAGAAGAAGGUCCGGGCUGAUGCCGUACAAUCUGCGAAGAAAGCCGAGCUGCAAGACAAGGAGAUUGGGCGUGAAAGGGCAAGAGCUGAAGCUGCUGGUCGUCGACAAGAACGCGCGGGUAGGAGACGUGUGGACGGUGAGUUGCUGGAUAAACGUCUCGACAGAUCUGCACUGACAUCAAUCCAACCAGAAGGCGAUGAAGACGAAACCCCGCGACCUGACACGAGCGCUCGAACAUCACCUCCACCUUCAUCACAACCCCCGAGUCCACCCGCAUAUCCCGCAUCAGACAAGAUUCCACAGAAGCGCUUCCCGGGCAAGAAAGUGAAGAAGUUGGGCAACAACCAGUACACCAAAGCCCGCGAGCUAUCAGGUCAAAUCAGCGCCCCCUCACCCCACAGCAAAAAGCGCAACCUCGCCACCGGCCACGCAAGCAGCGGAGAUGAACAAGCUGGAAACGGCGACUCCCACCCCACCAACACGAGCAAUAGCACCAACAAGAACAGCCCGGGCGGUGCUCCAGAAGUCACCGCACGAUUACCACCAGGUAAGCCAGGGAAGGGCAAACAUAAACUCCUCAACGGGCUCGCGCAGUCGAAGCAUCAGCAGCUGUUGCAUCAACAACAGCAACCUGUUGGGUUCGAGGAGAUGAGUCUGGUCGACAUGCAGCAGUUGGCUGCGAGGAUGAGGGAGCAUGUGAGGCAGGGGAUGGCGGAGCUGGCUGGAGAUCGGGCGAGGGCGGGGUUACAGGUCGAUGGUGGUGGUGGCGAUGGCGGCGUAGGUGGCGCUGUCCUGGCCCCUAGUAUUACUUCGGCUCCUAGUGCUGGUGGUGCUGGAGCGAUUACGGAUGGUAUGGGCGCUGUAGAGAUGGGGGGGCAGCUUUUGUUGGGGUUGGAGGAGUGGGAGAGGAAGCAUGGGCUGGUUGUUUGA